CCCAAAUGAGCGCAGUCUCGAAUAUUCAAUGUACAGUUAUAUUUUGUGACACUAGCUCAUUGAAAGAAAAGAAGAAGAAGAAAAUUUCCAUUUCAUAUUUAUCAUUUUUACCUAACUAAAAUAUUAGAGCAAAUGUUAGUCAAAGUGAAUAUAAUCUAUUGCUGCUCGAUUUAAAAUUAGAGAAAAAAUUAUUUUGUUUCACGGUAGACGUUAGAUUUUGCAAUGGCUAAAAAGAGGCAAAAAGAAACUUUGGCAGAAAAAAUUUUCAGUGUAUUAAAUACUGCGCCAGCAACAUUUGAUCCGGAAGAUGAUCCUGACGGUUCAGCUGCAAAACUUGUAAACUCAGAAGAUGAACACAGCGGUGAUGAAGAUGCAUUGCUCAACAAUUUUCGUAAACAAAAUAUCGAUUUACUGGCUGAUGUAGAUAACAGGUAUGCUGGGGAAAAAGGCAGUAGACGAAGGUUCCACGGGUCAGAUUCCGAUGACCAAGAUAACAGGUAUGCUGGGGAAAAAGGCAGUAGACGAAGGUUCCACGGGUCAGAUUCCGAUGACCAAGCUUCAGAAGCUGAAGAUAAAAUUGUUGAAGAAAAUAAUGAAGAUACACAGGACCAAUACCAAAUUAUCACCAGUGAUGCCUCAUCAGUCUCGGAAGAUGAAUUGGAGUCAACAUCCAGUUGUAAGGGACCAGAUGAAGAUACAGAUAGUUCUUGUAAUGAGAACUCUGAAAUUGAGUCUGAUAUAAAAAAUGAUAAUAGUUUUAAACAUUUAAGCGAUAUAGAUGCAUCUUUGCAAGUGCAAAAAGGAUUGUCUGUUAGAAAUCAACUGAGAAUCUGGGAAAAUUUGGUUGAAAUUCGAAUUAAAUUGCAAAAGUGUUUGCUUACAGCGAACAAAAUGCCAAAUAAGGUAUAUUUUACAAAUAUUAAGAAUGAUUCUGGAAUUGAAUUUACUGAUAAUGUAAACGAAACAAAGCAAGCUCUUUUUGGUGUCAUGGACAAAUUGUUGCUAUUGCAGAAAAUUAUGGUAAAAAGUUAUCCUGAAACUAAAAGACUUUGCAAGCAUACAGCAGUAAGCAAUGAAAAUGAUGAGGAAAUUCCAAGUGAUACUGAUGAAAUGAGUAGAAGUGAUGAAAGUAGCAGUGAAGAUGAAACAGACAUAUCCCCAAGCAAAAAAAGGAAGUUGAAUGAAUAUGAAAGAGCAAUAAGUGACUUUCAUUCAAAUUAUAAUGAGUAUCGGAAUACUGUUAUUGAAAAGUGGAAUGCGAAAACUAAGUUGUCCAUUACUAAGAACAAAGGUCAAGCUCCUUCAGUGAUUAAUCAAAUAGAACACGCCUUUACAGACAAAAAUAAAUUAAUUAAAAGAACACAGUUAAAAAGAGGUGAAUAUCAGGUAUUAGGAAAAGCAGAUAAAGAAGAAGUCCCCAGAUCCUUCUCAGAAAGCCAAGAGCAGACAGAAAUAGAUGAUUAUGAUGUAGAAAUUUUUGAUGAUACAGAUUUCUAUCAUCAAUUACUUAGAGAGCUAAUAGAAGUGAAAGCAGCUGAUAUUACAGACCCUAUUCAAUUAGGAAGGCAAUGGACACACCUACAAAAUUUGAGGAGUAAGGUGAAAAGAAAAAUUGAUACUAGAGCUACUAAAGGUAGGUCGCAUAGGACCGAAAGGUUAUAAAUUCGGAAUGAAAGUUUGUAACAUGGCAUUGUUGUCGAAGAAUCAACCUACAAUUCACAAAAAAUAUCAUCAAACUCAUUGAAAUUGCGACUAGUUUUUAGUGGCACAUUUUUUACUUAGAAAUCAUCGCUCCAUCAUAAUCUUGAAAAAAAAAAGUAAGAUAACGGUACUAACAGGCAAGUUUUACAUAUUU